UGGUAACGGUCUAACGGAAUCGACUAAUGCCCAAAACAUAGGUAAACUCCGGCCCACGAAAACGAAGCAAGCAAGCCGUAUAGAAGCCCAAGAAGCCACUUGUGCCCGCGGCGGGAAGCUGCUCCUUGGCGGGUGGCGGCGGCCUGAGGUAUAAACUCAGACGUCUCAUACAACGUCGGGAGGUAAAAUUUGGCUGAAAACCACACCCCCCAGCGGUUCCACGUGACUCCAAACAGUGAGCGAGCUCGAUAUCCGAAGCUUUGGUGAUAGGACACGAGAAGGAUAUGGGAAACAAAGAGAAAGCGAAGGAGCGAAGAGAAAAGAGGAUGCAAGAGAUAUCGAUUCUCAGGACCAUGCCCUAUUCUGAUCACCAGAGGUGGUGGUCUAAGGAAACAGUUGCCGUGGUUACUGGUGGAAACAGAGGCAUUGGAUUUGAGAUUUGUAGACAACUAGCUGGACACGGAUUGACUGUUAUAUUAACAUCAAGGGAUGCGAGUGCCGGUUGUGAGGCAGCUAAGGUCUUGCAAGAAGGUGGUCUUAGCGUAGUUUCACAUCAACUGGAUGUACUAGAUUCUUCAUCCGUCUACCAUUUUGCUGAGUGGUUACAGAAAAAUUACGCUGGUUUGGAUAUUCUGGUAAACAAUGCAGGAGUUAAUUUCAAUCUUGGGUUUGAUAACUCUGUUGAAAAUGCCCUUAAGGUUAUUAAAACAAAUUAUUAUGGCGUUAAGAUAAUGACUGAAACUAUGAUUCCGUUGAUGAAGCCUUCCACUAAAGGUGCUCGUAUUGUUAAUGUGAGCUCGCGUCUUGGUAGGCUAAAUGGUAGACGCAAUAGAAUCGGCGAUGUAGCCUUGAGGGAGCAACUAGAUGACGAGGAAUCCUUUUCAGAGGAACUGGUUGACAGGACUGUGUCCACUUUCCUACAUCAAGUAGAAGAUGGAACAUGGACAUCAAAUGGGUGGCCUCAAACCUUCACUGACUACUCUGUGUCAAAACUUGCAGUUAAUGCUUAUACCAGACUUAUGGCAAGAAAGCUUUGUGAGCGACCCCAGGGUGAGAGGAUUUACAUCAAUUGCUAUUGCCCUGGGUGGGUGAAGACUGCUCUUACGGGUUAUGCAGGAAAUAUCACUGCUGAGGAAGGAGCUGAUACUGGAGUAUGGCUUGCCCUUCUUCCUGACCAACCUGUAUCUGGGAAAUUCUUUGCAGAAAGGCGGGAGAUUAAAUUUUAAGCCAUUUGGAUUUUGAGAUGUAUUGUGUAUAUGUAUGAAGGGCAGCUAUCACCUUUUGGGAUGGAGAAGAAGU